GUCCCACCCGAGCUCGGGGCGAGUCCGUUAGCAGCGAGCGGGCGGGCGGGCGGGCGGGCGGCGUCUACUCGCCUCACACACAAGCGAUGGCAGCGUGCGGGUCUGGCCAGCAGCUGCGAGAAGAUGCUUUGGUCGACUUCUUGGCAAAGAACGGCGGCCGUGUCCAAAACAAGGAGCUGGUGGAGAGGUUCAAAACGUUUAUCAACGACCCCGAGCCGCAGCUGAAAGCUAAAUAUCGUGACAUCUUCAAAGAUAUUGUCAACCGAAUUGCAGUGGUUAAACAUGAAGAUGGUGAAAAAUACAUUGUUCUUAAAAAGAAAUAUCGGCAUCUUGUGCAUGAAAAAGAUAGCAGCAGCAGCAACAAAGAAAAGAAUACAUCUGUGCAAGCAACAUUUGAAAAAAUGCUAGAGAGUGAACAACCUGUGUAUUUUGGAAAAGAUAAGCAAACUAGCUCUUUCUCAGAUGUCCAUCAAUUUAUGCAAAAGUCUCAAAAUGAAACAUCAGAAAUCUCAACAUCAUCAAAUGUGAAUUUAUGUGAAUGGAUUACACAAGAUGUACCAACAUCCGAUACAAUAUCUAAAGCACCUUUGGAAAUAACGAAUGACAGCCAGGGAAAUCCCAGACUUGGCUCCAACGAAGCAACUGGAGAAAGGCAAGAUGAAAGGUUUGAUGUGUCUAAAAACAAUGCAGCAAAUUCAGUGAAUAUUGAAAUAAAGGUGGAAGAAGCUCAAGAGGAAGAAUUUGACUCUGUGUUCAAGGAGGAACUGGAACAAAUUGUAUUUGAGGAUGGCAGCGGAAGCAUGGGAUCACCAUCUGUUGCGUCAUUUCAAGGGCAUUUGUCGUUUGUCUCCGUCACCCCAUUGGAAUUGGAUCCUUUGGAGAAGGAGUGGCUGAAGUGUGCUGCCAUUGGACAUUUAGCCGCUUUGAGUGAUCUUCUCAGGCAGGAUCCAUCUCUGGCAAUGAAAAAGGACUUCACAUCUGUAAGUAUGAUUCUUGUCACUUCCAGGUUUUAUUUUUAUCUUUGAAUACAAUUUAAAUGUGCAGUAUUUAAAACUUGUUCAAUACAUGUUAGGCUCAUUCCAUAUUGGGCUAUUCAAUAUCAAUAACAUUUGCACAAAAAGUUAGAUGAUCUGACAAUGCUGACAACAGGCACGUGCUGUGAGUAAUUACUCAGGGUAGGUAGUCAGUCGGCUUUUAAAAAAUCUUAAACGGCGCAUGCGCAGAUUGUUCUCCUCUCCAUAAGCUGUCAGUCGAUUUUUAUAAAGUCUUCAAAA